UCGACGUUGGAAAACAGGUCCGGGGCUCUGGGCUCCCAAAUGUUCUCUUCUUUGUUGGAACCCUAGUUCUUGCCUCCCGAUCCCCUUCUCUCCCGUUCUUCACCUUCCACGGCGACGGCGGCUCCCCUCCGCCUUUCGCCGACCCCCCGCCCUGCUGAUUGCUGCUCCCCCUUCGGUUCCGUCCCGGUGGUCUGCCAUCUGCCGCCGCCGACCCGCUUCUCGCCCAGGCACCGGAUCUGAGGACGGCGAUGGGCCAGGCCCCGUCGCUGCCUGACGACGCGGUGGCGGACGUCCUCCGCCGCCUCGCGCCGCGCGACGUCGCAGCGUGCCGCCGCGUCUGCAAGACGUUGCGCCGCGUCGUCGACGGCCACCGCCUGCUGCGCGCGGACCUCCUCCCUCUCAAGCUGGGCGGUAUCUUCCUCAACUUCUUCCAACUACGGUCUGCUACGCAGUUCCUUUCCCGCCCCACGACGGGCGCAGCCGUCUCCGGCCGGCUCGGCUACACCUUGGAUGCUUGCCAUCCUGACUACGAUUUUCAGCCCGUUCCCUACGUGCUUGAUCAUUGCAAUGGCCUCCUCUUGCUCCGCCACUGCGUGGUCAACCCUGCGACGCAGCAGUGGGCGCCCCUGCCCCCGGCCCCGGACCUGCCCAAACCCGCACCUUCAAUCAAGCAUGUUUAUAAAUCCCGGUACCUGGUGUUUGACCCCAUGCUGUCGCCCAACCAUUUCGACUUGCUCAUAAUGCCAGAAAUUUCUUUCAUGGAAGAAUGUGAGGAAUUUGAAUGGCCACCGUCCACAUUGAUCCUUCCUGUGUUUUCAUCAAAGAUUGGUUCAUGGGAGAAGAGGACAUUUUAUCGGGAUGGGGGAGCUGCAGGGACGGUACCUGGCUUGGUUGGGGUAAGACUGGACUGCAAUGAACGUCAGUCUGCCUACUGGAGAGGAUCACUCUAUAUAUCUUGCGACAACUGUUUUAUUUUGAGAAUAUCGCUGCUGUCAGACAACAGUUAUCGAGUAAUAAGACUGCCAACAAGAUUGUCCCUAGACGAUUCACAAGGUGAUCAACAGUUUUACCUAGGAAAAUCAACCAAGGGGAUAUAUUGUGCAUCAAGAGUCACGUCACGUAGGUCCCACCUUCAGGUUUGGUUCCUUAAUGACCUGAACGAAUGGGUUUUGAAGCAUGACAAAGAUAUUUUCCCCGUCCUGCCAAAUCUCGACUAUGUCAACCCAUAUGGACCUUGGAUCCUACAGCAAUUUGACUAUGAUGAACAUUCUGAUGAAGAUGAUUCUGUUGUGGAGGACAACAGGGAAGCAGUGGAAAAGGAGAAAUUUGAAGCAAUAGUGAAACAAGGGAAAUUUGAGUGGGACUCGGACAAUGAUAAUGUACUUGAACCAGGAAGUAGUUGCGGGGGAACUGAUACAUGUUUCCUUGGAUUCCAUCCUUUCAAAGAUGUUGUGUUCGUGACUCUGUGGGACAGAGUGCUAGCCUAUCAUUGGUCGAGCUCAAAGCUUCAAGAUUUAGGCAAGCUUUUUCCAGAAUUCUAUGUGGAUCGGCACCACAUUUACUGGCAUACACAGGUGGAAGUGUCUUUCCUGUACACUCCCUACUGGUUAGGGGAGCUUCCUGAAAAACUAAACUAGUUGGAAGGUAUCCUAGAAGAUUAGAAUGCUUGCGUGGCAACUAUUCGAAGAAUGGAACACUUUUGUAUUUGUGCACAAAGAUUGUUUGUUCCCUGGGAAACUAAAUCUCG